AUGCUGACGCCGCGUUAUCACCCCACCCCGCUCUUCGGACGCUUUUCCGCUUACAGCAUACCCCACAAACGCAAAGCGCCUGGCUCGGGCUCGGAGAACGAGUCGCCCAACACCAACACCACCGCCGCCAACAUCAACAGCACCAACUCCGUCGCCGUCGAGAAAGCGCACCAGCCGAGACGGCAGCUUCAGUUGGACGAGGAUUACGAUGGGGACGGUGCUGUUGAGGAAAAGACGAAGAUGGUGGUGAUGCCCGCGGACGAGAGCGGAGUGGAUGUGAAGGAGGAGCAGGCUGAGGGAGAUGGGAAGGAUGUAGAUGUGGAUGGGGAUCAUGAGAUGGUCGAUGUUCCGUCCUCGCCUACGACCGUUACCACCGCUGCGACGAAGAUCGACUCGCCGGUAGCCAUGCAUUCUCCGUCGCUGAAAGCUUUCGACCCUCCCGUGGUCGAAGAGGUCAAGCUCGUCGCACCUGGUGCAAAGGAUGACUCUGAAUCGCGGGACAUGAAGGCUCGACAGACGGUGGGGGAUGUCGACGAAGACGCGCAGGGGGAGGGAGACGGAGACGCGGAGGACGUGGAGAAGGGUAUAAUCGCGUGUGAGACCUGUGGCGAGCUCAUUUCGGUUAGGGACGAGGAUAAGGCGGGGGCGUUCACGAUGAAAUAUUGGGAGACUCAUCAAGGGGUUUGCAACCCUACUUCGGUUUCGCGUUUCUUCCCGCCCCGGGAAGGAAAACGUGACCCUACCCCUACCUUCUCUCCCGCUAUUUCGGGAGGCAGUACCCGCUAUUUUGGGCAGGGGAGGUUUCCUUUGGGAGAGGAGGAUGUGGGGAUUUGUCCUGUUUUGGGGAAGAGUCGUCUUGUUUUGGGAUAG